AGAAGCAGGAGUGAGUGAUUUCUGAGGCAGACUUGUUUUGCUGGUGAAAGGGAAUUAGAGAACUGUCCUCUCCUUUCCUCACGGUGCUGCCAACACCUCUAAUUUUGUGUUUUUCCAUCGAGUCACUGAUCCUUCUUUUCCCUAGAGCAAUUCAGUGGGUAUAAACGUAGUGAGGACAUUGGCAGCUUUUACCUCAGCAUCAUCCAGCCCUGUUGAGAGGCACUCAACACACAACAGCGGUAAAACUGCUGGCAGAGUUAUGGCCCUGCUUACACUGGCUCUGCUAUCACUCCUGCUGCCAGACAGAGGGAAACUGUACACCCUGGAGUCUAGGGUUAGAGGAGUCAAAGAGAUUGUGAAUCCUCGGAGGUGCACAUGUUGCCACUGGCUGGCUUUCCAGUGAUGGGGUUUGAGCUGGCCUCUGACAACGCAGCAAACCCAGAGCUGCUGUGCUGGGGAAUGCUCUGUGCAAUCAGGCUUGAGUUGCUGGAGCUCUUCUGUGCACCAAAUGGUGUUUCUCUUUUGGAUAGUUGUGGUUUUAAAUGCUUCAGCAAUAAAGAGGCUUUGUUGUGGUCUCUGCAGCAUUGCUUUUGCCUUGGCUAGCAGCAGCCUUUUUGUUUGAAUUAAUGCUUUCCCUGGAGUUGACUGUGGGGGUAUGUGUAGGCUCCUGUGUGUGCCUUGACUUGCGGGUGUACAUUGGACACAGCUGUGAACAGGUGCUUCUGGUAGGUGCAGCACUUGCCCAAACUUGUUGUUUGUGCCAGAACAAUGUGUUUUUCCUCCUUGGGAAUGCCGGCCACUAUUGUGGAUUUUUUAAAGUGCUUGAGUGAAAUUAUAGCCACUUUUCAGCUACAGGCAGAAACUGGCUUGAAUCUACUCCAAUCCUGUAUUUAAUUUCAGUAACUGUCAACAUUCACUGCAUCAAAGGAAGGACCAAGCCAUACAGAUCCUGGCCAGUCAGUGCUGUGGUGGGUUUACAACUGGCUAGGCAAGUUCUCUCUUCGUCAUGCUGCAAGAACUGGCUCACAUGCGCCAAUGUACUGUAUAAUGCAUGACUGAAGGUCAUACAAUGACCUAUUACUUCAGAGCUUUUUGAUUUAUUUCCUUUGGCACAAGUAUCCCGGUUAGUGCCACCUAAGUUUUGGGGCAAUCAGUUCAGUCCUGCGACAGGCUGGUAAUAGCAACUCCCUAGCUUUUCCUCUUCUUCCUCCCAUCUAUGUCUCCAGGGUUAAAACUCAGUUCAGAAUCCCCAGACCAAAUUGAAUUAGAAUUUAACAUUCAAAGAUUCAGGCUCCCUUUGGGCUCUAGGGAACAGAAUGUCAUCCUGCCUUGCAGUUAAUAGCUGCUGGGUAGUAGUUUCAAAGCUAUUUCUUUUCAGUGAGCUCUACCAUAGCAAAUCCCAGCAGUGAAUGUAUUUCUGGCCUGGCUGUGCCUUUAAUCCCACAGCUGAGUCUUAUGUGUGAUCUCUUUUGAAAUGCUAGAUUUUUUUUUUUUUUUUUUUUAAAUUCCAGACAGUGAUAUUUCUAGGACUUGGCAUUUCGAGUGGCAUCAGGGUUGUUUAUAGGAAGAGAACAGAGAGGACAGAAGGAUGAUGUUGACCUAGCAGCCCUACAAACCUACCACACUUAAUCCAUUUAUUACCCUGAAUUCCUGAAGCAGAUAAAUGCUGAUAACAGUUAAAACACAUCACUGGCAGGAGCAGCAUGUUCUGUCCUCUAGAAAUACAUCAAUACUGGAAAUUACAAAGCUGUGUGCUACCAUGGGGAUGAGCAUGAUAUAAGAGCUGAGGAAGCCCUCACUAUUCAGCAGAAUUCUUCCACAGGAAGGUAGUGGGCCUCUGCUUCCUUCUCCCUCCCUGGCCCAGCUACCUUGACAUGCUGUUCAGGCCUGAGAAAGACUUCUGAAUACUUCUGUGAUCCCAGAGCCACAGCUGCCUGAUCUGUGCCUCCAUAUUUGAAAUACCAAGUGGGCCCAAAGUGUCAUUACCACUUUUGAUUGUCCUUGCUGCUCAGCAUUAAGACCUGUGUGGAGUGGUUUCCCGCUGGGCCCAGCCCGGUGCAGCUCACAUCAGCAUGUCUUGGGGAGAGGAGUUGGUUUUGGCUAAUCUGGGCUAAACCUUCCCUGGAGGAGUGCAGCCGCUGCACCAGCCCUGCAGAGCCACACAAAGCCACUUUCUCCUCUCCCCAUCUGUUAAGGCUGUCAGCAAGGUGCUGAAGCCAUCCCUGGGCAUUAUACAGCUGCAUGCCUUCCCCGGUGUCAAGACCCCUUCCUCCUGGGGACCUAUCCCAGACUGAACAGGAGGAAAAAUGCUGUAAACCAAAGAUUGUUUGGAGUAAACCUCAUCCGUGCAAAGUCUGGAGGGAUAAAACAACUGAUAGUGCUUUUGAAUACAUGAAGCUUACAGGCUCAUCUGCUGCCUUAGGUCUUUCCCCACAUGGCCAUCCCCCACCAGUCUCUGCAGCACAGCACCCCAUGUGAGUGGGCACCCUUGAAGUUGUAGCAAAAUGCUUUCUUGUGGACAAUGCAGUUGUCUCACAUGAAGUGGGAAAGGAGAAAGCUACCUAAAGAGAAGGGAAGACCUCUCAGCCACCAGAGUUUUUAUGAGUCAGAUGCUGCUCAGCUGUUGCAUUGCAGAUGCCUUAGCUAAAAACAAGUGUUCAUAGAAAAUCAAAGACUCUUCAUGAGUAUAGGCGGCAGGAGCCUCCCACAAAACACGUUUUUUCUUCUUCAAAGGGCUCUUUUUUAGAUUUGCCUACAAUAGAUUACUUAAAGCUUGCCUGCAUUGCAGAGCUGAUUCUGAGCCAGCAUGGUGUGGAUCUGAAACAGCCCAGCUGUUUCACUGAAUUCGCUGUCUGGUUGUUCUCACAUUGUGAAUGUGAGUGCCUUCUUCUGAAGGGACCUAGUGGAGAAGUUGGCUAUGGAGGGCCAUUUUGUGGAGUCAUAGGUACAGUAGAGCCAUUGCUCUGUACUGACUACUUGUGUGUACUGGUUUUCUGUGUUGAAGGUGAAACAGGUGAUCCACACUUGAGUUUUCAUGCCACUGUGGAAGGUGACAAAGUUUGUUUUAAAUGCAUGCAAUAUUUUAUAAUCAUCAGGAAGCAAAGCUCUGUGUGUUAAAGUGCUUGCGGUCUGGUCUUUGGACACCCGCUGAUAGGUCUAACACCAUUGUAGUACAGAGAAGUCAACCCUGGUGUGGGGAGGAGUCUGACUGAAAAGCAGAAGAGCUGGUAUCUGCCAGGAACUGCUUGCCAAAUACAGUAUGUGUACAUCCCUCCUGUCCCUUUGCAAACAGAAGGGGAUCAACCAGCUGCCCUGGUGUGAAAAUACCUGAAAAACGCCCAUCUCCUUUGCCUUUUGGAUCUUUGUGUCUGGUUGCGUUCUUACAGCUUUUGACCCCGGUCAUGAUCCCUAAUGUAAAAGUCAUCUUCCUGUUUCCUUGGUUGCUUCAGUGUGGAGGGGGAAAUGUCAAUGUACAGCAGAAACCUCCAAUCCAGGUUGCCUUGCUCAAGGAAGGAACAUCCAUCCCCUGUAAAGUCAUCUUCCCUUACAUGCCGAAAUACACCAAAUUUUCAAUUUGCUUCUACUGGAUUAAUUCACUGGAUCAGAAGACAUCAAUCUAUAGUAGGUUGGAAAAUGUAGCCAUUCCUUCUGGAGAAGAGAAUAAAACUGCUGCCUUAUCCUAUGACUACAGAAUCAUGCCACUUGAAAACACCUCUUCUACUGGCACGUACUACUGCAAGGUCAAAUGGAAUGAUAUCCAAAAAAUGGGAAAGGGAGUGUUUGUCCUUGUUAGAGAUACAGGAUACAUAAAUACCUCUUAUGGGUGGGAAAUCCUCAUUACCCUUACUGUUCUUCUUGCUAUAUUGAGCAUCACCACAACAGCUCUGCUUCUGUGGAAAAGAAAGGUGGUGUGCCCUAGAGGGAACCAGACAAAUAUCCUGAGACAGGAGAUGGAAACACAGCUCCCUUCAGCCAGCCCACCACCACCUUCUGUCUAUGACAGCCUGGAUGUGCAGCAAGUUGAUGUCUAUUCUAGCCUCGAGAACAACACAAACAACCCAUCACACAGAAAGAAUCCUCCAAAGAAGACACCUAAGAAGCAAGAAACUCUAGAAGAAUCCUCUGAUACAUUGUAUGAGAAUAUCUAACAGGGAAGAUAUCUGACCCUAUAUGGACCAGACAUCUUUCUGUAUGGCAGAGCUACUCUCUUACAUCCCAGAUGAGAUGCACAUACAUGGAGAGAUCCACAGUAACUUCAGAGCACAACCUCGAGAGAAUUGAGAACCCCUGGCCCCUUCUAAACUGCCCUUCAUUAACAACAGAAUGUAUCUGUUAAAAUCCCUCGGGGCUCAGUCUGCAUUGAUGCAGCGAAAGCUAUUUUGCAGCAAAACUGUUGGAUGCAAAAGAAAAGCUGCUUUCGUCAAGCACUUAUCUUGAGAAUGGGCAAUAUGUGAAGGUUUCUCUCGCCUGCCCAGGCUGAAAUACUUAACUCUUAUCCUCUCCAAGCGGUAGGACAAUCCAGAGACUUCCCUGCUUGCUGGCUUAAUGUUCCGAUCCUGGCCUGCAGCCGCCCAUCUGAUCCUGUGCUUGUGGCUUUGCCGAAAUGGCCAUCAGGACGUUGUGCAUAGUUUAACCAGAUCCAAGCAUCCACCUGGCCUUUUUCCCUUUCUCAGGAACCCCACAGCAAACACCCUUUCUCAUAAUCUGCUAAUCCCAUCAAGUAGUCACAAAUGCCUGCUGUGACCUUACACGGGCGACUCAAAUCUGUGCCUUCAAGAAAAUGCAUCCCCUUCAGCAAUAUCAGCAGUAUACAGUGAGGACUGGAUGCACUGAUGGAGAUAAAGGCGGAGAAAGGAACACAGAGAAAAUAUCCCUUCCUGACAACAUGUGUCAGCGCCAGUGCCCAUUCCAGAACAAGAAAGAGGAACAAGGAGAUGGGAACAUGAGAAAACUACCUUGCUGGGGCUGCAUAAGCCAUGCAGGUCUGGGGUCAGGUUUCAACCUGCAGAAGUCCAAGUGGAGCUCCCCAGUUUCCUUUUCUUCUUGGCAAUGGGUAUUUUAUCACUUCGGAUUUUGAGCCUCUGUGGGAUCAGGCAUGAUACCUCUGCCCCACCAAAAUCAAUAGGUUUGCCUUUGUUUCAGUGGGCUGCAGUAGAGUAUAAAGCUCCUUUACCCUCCCACCAUUCAUUAUUGGCCAGGGACACCACUUUUGAAACUUAAAAUUACUGGAGGAAGGAGGAGGGAGGCUUUAGAAAUUAAUUUGCUAUCCAAGUUCUUUCUCCCCUGUCAGCUGGAACUUGCCUACGAUUUCUGCUGAUACAUAUUCUGGUUCUGAUAGGGAAGAAGUUACAUUAAAUAUCCAUAUAACAUGAUAAAACUAGCAGAUCAAAAAGCUGAGGCUGUUUUAUCUCAUGUUAAAAAACAACGAAAUAACAACCAAACAAAACCAACCCAAAAUAAGAAUAUGCAGCAUAACUUGAGAGGAAUCAUAGAAACCUCUUUAAAGAAGAAAAUCAAAUAAAAAUUGAGCUCCAGGAUCAUAGGACCCUCUCUAGCUGAAGAUAAUGUUGCUAUGUAUCAGCGAUAGAAGCUAUGGAAAAUGUCUCAAGGCUCUCCAACCUUCCUAUACUAUGUUUAAAGAUAUAAUCCACUUAUUGCUUUGCUCUUUUUAUUAGAAAAGAUUUCAAGCAUGCAAUUUGGACUUUCUUUAACCACAGAAACAUGCUUUUUCUCUUCUCAGUGCUGAGGAAUUAAUUUCAGAAAAGGCAAUGAAUGGACAGACAGCAUGGCUUAUUGGACCCAUUUAUAAUUUAAGUGAUCACAACAAUUAAAGUAUUUUUGAAGUAAAAUGUUUCAGAUUUUGCUAAUUUGACCAGGAAAGAUUUGUGUUCACAGAAGAAUUUACAGAGGAUUGUACAUGUAUAACAAUUCCUUUCCUUAACAAAUUUGAAAAAAUAAUGAGGUGAAUUAUAAAUACGUUGCAGUAUGGCAAUAAAAUAUUCAGCAGAUGCUGGUGGAUUAUAUGAUAAGUAAAAACUUUCAAAAUAAUGAUGCUUAGGUUUUGUGUUUUGUUUUUCAAAUUUUAUAAAUGCUAAAAAUACUGGAUGCUACUGGAAAUUUCCUGGCAAUGAUCUCUCUACAGUGAGUUGAUUUGUCUUAUGUUUCUACUACCUUUUGAAGUAGCAUGUUUCUUACACUUAUGCCUGAACAAUUCUAUAUAUUAAAAAGCUGAAGCUGUUUAAAAUAAAACAUGAGAGAAAGAA